AUGGCUGUUUCAAUGUAUUGUGAUGUUGUUAAGGUACAUGGAACUGCCCCAGAUAUUGCUGGCAAGGAUAUGGCAAAUCCAACAGCAUUGCUUCUAUCUGCCAUUAUGAUGUUACGGCACUUGCAACUUAAUGAACAUGCUGAUAAGGUCCAACAUGCUUGUUAUACGGUAUUAGCGGAAGGCAAGUCGCUAACUGGAGAUCUGGGAGGUACUGCUAAAUGUAGCGAGUACACGAAUGCAAUUAUUUCCAAACUGUAA